CUCCAUCCCCAAGCGAUGCCUUGGUGCUGAUGAAGGAGGAAAGAAAGAAGCGAAGCCAGCAGUCUGGACAGAAGGACAAACAGAAGACCGUGGAGUCGUCCACACAAGGGAAAUCCCCUCCCUCCCACUACACUUCUCUGUAGGAUCCCAAGAUGGCAGCCAAUGGUGUGGCGGGAUGUGAAUGUGAAAACGUUGAACAGCGCAUCCACCAGGUCAACAAUGAGUCUUUGGAGAGCACCAGGCGGAUGCUACAGCUGGUAGACGAGAGCAAAGACGCUGGAAUUCGAACUUUGGUCAUGCUGGAUGAUCAGGGAGAGCAGCUUGACCGAAUUGAGGACGGCUUAGACCAGAUCAUCCAGGAUAUGAAGGAGGCAGAGAAGAACCUCACAGACAUGGCCAAGUGCUGUGGCCUCUUCGUCUGUCCUUGUGCCAAGUUAAAGAACUUAAAAGCCAUGGAGGCCAACAAGGCAGCGGCCAGCAGCGACCAGGACAAGGUGGUCUCCCGGCAGCCUUGCGUGGUGGCCGACGGCAACCAAAUGGUCAUGAGUGGACCCUUCAUCCAGAGGGUAAUGAAAGACGAUGUGGAGGAAGAGAUCGAACAGAACUUGACUCAAGUGGACAGCAUGCUAAGCAACCUUCGCAGCAUGGCCGUGGAUAUGAGCAACGAAAUCGACGUCCAGAGCAAGCAAGUGGACAACAUCAAAGACAAGGCCAAUGCUAAUGUGAUCAGCAUCAACGCAGCCAACAAUCAAACCACCAAGAUGCUGAAAAAAGCCUGACGUGUUCUCCAGCCACCCCUCGCCCCCACCCCCACGACGACGACAAGAACGACGCCUUCCACCCUACACCCAGAGUGGAUGGUUUCGAAUCACGGCAUUCCAAUCCAGUUUUCCAUUCCGAACCUCGUCCAUUUCCUGAACAGGCAUGCAUGCUUACUGGUUGCCAAAAUGACGAUUCAAACUCCUUGGUUUGCAGCUAAGUAGAGCCGUAAUACAAGCGACGA